AUGAAGCUCUACUCGGACAUUGAUCGAAUCGACAAAGAACUGCUUGUACGCGGGUACGGACCAGAAGAUCCAUUGGACGCUGCCAUUGUCCACCAAGUCGAUUCCAUGCACUAUGAAGGAAAUGAGACGAUUCAGGCAGCAGUGACUUCCUUACUCGAUUCGAAGAGUACUGGAUCUAUGACUCGGGACGGACAUGACAAGUCCGUUAUUCGAGUUUUGGACAUUGGCUCUGGAUUUGGUGGACCCGCACGGUAUGUCGCAACCCACUGCGACAACUCACGCGUGGUCGCGCUGGAGCUCCAACGAGACAUUCAUGAGAAGGCUCAGGAGCUUACCAGGAGAUGCUGUCUUGACACAGCUAUCCGGCAUGUUAAUGGGGACUUUAUGGAGAUGGAUUUGUCCAUCAUUGAGGACGGGCAGCUUUUUGACGGGAUCGUUUCCUGGCUGGUCUUUCUACACAUAAGCGACAAAAACAACCUUUUCCAACGAUGUCAUAGCUUGUUGCUCCCAACAGGAUGCAUGAUUAUUGACGAUUUCUAUGAGCGACAACCUUUUACAGAAGCUGAGAAGGCAUCGCUCAAUCAGGAUGUAUACUGUCAAAAUCUUCCCACGAAAGGAUGCUACAUGGAAACACUUCGACAGUCUGGGUUUACAGACAUUGAUUUUCAAGACAAGACCAAGGAUUGGACAGACUUUACGGUGUCCCGUUUCCAAACUUUUCAAGCGAGUCGAGAGGUGUUUGUGAACCGUCACGAUGAAGGAACCUACGAUCGUUUGCACCAUUUUUACGCAGCGGUUGCCACAUUGUUUCAAAGUGGCCACUUGGGAGGUACACGAAUUGUUGCCCGUAAAUACUAA